AUGGCAGAAAACAAUAAAAAUCCAGAAAGCUUCAAAGCCCGCGCGGCUAGACGCAGCUCCAUGUUUCAACCAGAGAUGAAGCAACGGACGGCGUCAAUUUUCUCGUACUCAAACGAUGGAAGCCAAACUGGGUUCAAAGCUGUCGCCCUUGGCCCGAAAUACAUGAACACAUACAAAAUGUCUCCAGAUCGAAAAGCAGUUAUGCGAGAAGUAAGAGCUGUGCUAGAGAAGUCCAUAAGAGCAAACUUUGCUGGACAGAAAUUCCAGUCGGCUUCUGACGAAGAAAUCAUCAAAUGCAGCAACGACGAAAUUCACUUGCGCUUGAAGGGCAUCGUGCCCAAGCGAUACCGUUUUAUCGUUUCAAUGGGAUUGAUUGAAAUCGCCGACCAAGACGUCUCCGUCGCCUCCCGAAUGCUCUCCAACACAGAACACGACUCCUUCGUCGAAUUCAACUUGAAAGAAGCGGACUUUGCUGUGACCGCCACCGUUUUCUUGAUUUACUUAGAAUAA